GAGAGCUUCAGAAGAACUGAAUCUACUAACAACAGAGAAGAUCACUGAAUAAGAGAGAAGAAUGAAGAUCAUCUGGACUUUCACUCUGCUGAUGAUUCCUGGUGUGGUGAGCUCCAUCAGUGUGACAGGAUAUUCAGGAGGAGGAGUCAGCAUCACAUGCAGAUAUGAUAGAGGAUAUACAGAAAAUGCUAAGUAUUUUUGUAGAGGACAGUGGUCAGAGUGCACAGACCAAAUCAAGACUGAAGAGAAAAACAAAUGGGUUCAUUCUGAAAGAUUCUCUCUGUAUGACAACACAAGAGCAGCAGUUUUCAAUGUGACCAUCAGAGAUCUGAGUGAACAGGAUUCUGGGACGUACUACUGUGGAACUGAUAUUUAUGCAAAAGUAGAUUCCUACACUGAAGUGAAUCUGAAAGUUUUAACAGCUGAUUGUUGUGAGAAGAGCAUCAGUCUAUCAGCUGCUGCAGGAGGAUCUGUGAACAUCAGCUGCAAAUACCCACAAUCCCACAGUGCUGAUCUGAAGAUUUUGUGA